AUGGUGGCAGAACCAGUCCAAGCCAGCCUUUCGUUUCUUCGGGCGGCGUAUCUGCAGGCCAGCGGCUAUGUUCUGGAAUUGUUUCCCGCCCCAGAUCCAAAUGUCCUGGCGCCCAAAACUUUGCCGCCGACUCGGCCGCUCGAGCGUUUUUUUCUGUGGACCGAACAACAUAAGCGCGCGAUCUGGGCCGCGGCGGGCGUGGGGCUCGGCGUGGGCAUCGGCGCGGGGGCGUUUUUUUACAGCCAAACGCGUGCGCCGCCCAAACGCCGCGUGCCCAAGUUGGCCAACGGCGCGCGCCGCGACGUGGUGCUUGUGGUUGGGUCGCCCACCGAGCCGCUCACGCGCCUAGUGGCGCUCGACUUUGAGAAGCGCGGCUUCAUUGUCUACUUGACCAUUCUUGACGACAAGGAUGCCCGCUACGUCAACCAGAGCACGCUAGCCGACGACGUCAACUACUUGAACUUGCACGACUCGCCCACCGACGCUGUGUUGCGCGACUUCAAGCGGUGGCUCGCCACGCCGGUGGUGCCGUUUGCCAACGCUGCGCCGCACCGCCUCCGGUUGCGUGCCGUGGUGUUUGCGCCGCACAUGUUCUUCCCGCUCGGCCCGGCCGAAAGCGUCUCGCCGGCGUCGUGGGCGCGUGUGCAGCGGCUCCUCGCAGUGCACUUUGAGCUUUUCAGCGCUGGCCUUGCCGACAUUGUGCGCAGCCACUCGAGCAGAGUCGUUGCUGUUGUUCCGACAGUGGUGAGCACGCUCUGCAUGCCGUAUCAUGCGCCGGAAGCGGUGUUUCAGGCAGCAUUGAAAUCCUUCUACGCCACGCUAGCGCACGAGUUGGGGCCUCACGGCGUGCCGGUCACCCAGGUGCGGCUCGGCAACUUGAAUGUGUCGCGUGGAACGCCGCUGGCCGCCGUCGUGGACGCCGAGGUCCGGAGCUGGCCCGAGGAAAUGAGAGACGCCUACGGCGCCCACUUCCGCCGUGCCCAGGCGCGUGCGGCCGUGGGAAGCGGCCGUGCUAGCCGCAGCCUCAGAGAUUUGCACCACUUGCUUUUUGACUUGGUGUUUGCACGGUCGCCUCCACGAGUAGUAUACUUUGGCACGGGCGCACGCGCAUAUGAGUGGCUUGUUUGUCUCUUCCCAUGGGCCGCGUCGAUGGCUCUUUAA